CCUUGUUUAAACAACUUCCGGUUUUGGUGAGGAGCACAUGCAGAGGAAUCAACGGCAGAUUUGAUACAUGUGUGAACGUUGAUUCAAGGAAAAUGGCUUCCGCUAGAGCAAUUGUCAUAGGACAGGUGAUCAAAAGAGGCAUCGGACGACCCGACACAGUCAAAGUGCGAUGUUUGAAAAUGUCACUUGACCGUUAUCUUCUCAAGUACUUCAACAAGAGGACUCACCACUGGGCCAUUGAGACGUCAGUGACCACAGAUGUUGGCGACAUUGUGAUGCUACAGAGACUCCCAGAGAGGAUGACAACUAAAGUGGGUCAUGAAGUGAAGGAGAUUGUUUACAAACUGGGAUCUGUGGUUGACCCCAUUACUGGGACCAGGUGCCGAGGACAACAGUUCAUUGAUGAAGCAGAACGAGAACUACAGAAACUGAAAAUUGAAGGGGAACGAUCGUGAUAAGCAUUUACUGAUUUACAUUUUCAUAUUUGUGUGUGUGUUUGACUUUAUGAACUAUAACAGUGGAGAUGUGUGUUAAAGUACGUCAUGAAUGGACAUGUGAUGUUAGUUGAUUCUCAUGAGAUGAUGUGUUUCUUGUCAUCUGCCUCAACAGUCAAUGUGUACCAGGAUAAAUGUUGAAAGAAGAAGUUUUCAAGAGA